AUGAUUAGAUCCAUCAAGUCAAGCAUUCAGGUAUUGUUGGGACCAUACAGUUAUCUUUUACAAGUAGCUGGAAAAGAAAUAAGAAGUCAACUAUCUAAUGCAUUCAAUGCCUGGUUGAAAAUUCCAGAUGACAAGCUAAAAAUUAUAAUUGACAUUACUCAAAUGCUUCACAAUGCCAGCCUACUAAUUGAUGAUAUUGAAGACAAUUCAAACCUCAGAAGGGGUAUUCCAGUGGCUCACCAUAUUUAUGGAAUCCCUCAAACCAUCAACACAGCCAACUAUGUCUACUUUCUGGGUUUGCAAAAAGCCAUUUCUCUUGAUCAUCCUGAAGUUACUAAAGUUUUCACUGAACAGUUGCUGGAGCUUCAUAGGGGACAGGGCAUGGACAUUUAUUGGAGGGACACUAACAACUGCCCGACAGAAGAUGAGUACAUCAAAAUGGUCAAGAGAAAGACAGGAGGAUUGUUCGGCUUGGCAGUAAAGUUAAUGCAACUAUUUAGUAGUAACAAAAGUGAUUUCAAGCCAUUGUGUGACAACUUAGGAUUAUACUUUCAAAUCAGGGAUGAUUACGCUAAUCUCAAAUCUACAGAACUAACAUCUAACAAAGGUUAUGCAGAAGAUCUGACAGAGGGAAAAUUCUCAUUCCCAAUCAUCCAUGGCAUCAGAAGUCAUCCAGAAAACGACCAAUUAAUGAAUAUCCUAUUAUAUAAAUCUCAUCAAAUUCAUGUCAAGAAGUAUUGCAUAGAUUAUCUGGAGUCCGUUGGCUCAUUCCAAUACACUAAACGUAAGCUGGAAGAUUUGGAAAAUGAGUAUACAAAAAAUCUUGGAGGUAAUGAAAUCCUUGAGCAGACAAUAAAGAAACUGUCCAUAGUUUACAAAGAAAGCUAA